AUGAUUACUAUUCCGUUUAUCUUUAUCGUCGCGUUGGUGGGGGCGGUCGGAUACUAUGUUUUGUGUGGGAGGAGGAAAAAUAAAAAUUCGUUCGAAUUGAAGGGAAAAUUUCCGCCAGGACCUCGUGGACUCCCGUUUCUUGGAAACAUAUUACAACUCAGUAGGACAAACCCUUUCCUCUUCCCGCCCAAGUGGGCGGAGCAGUACGGAGAUAUUUACUCCAUUUCUAUGGCGGGAACUAAAGUUUACGUGAUCUCCGACUUUAAAAUUCUGAAGGACAUGUUCUCUCAGGAACCAGCUUUCGCCGGUCGUUUCAAGCUCGGUGGUGAUAGUCUGAUUACUGAUUUGUAUACGAAUGGACAACUCCACGGUAUCAUAAAUUCGGAAGGAAAGCGGUGGGAGGAACUCCGCCGGUUUACAAUUCGCCAAUUGCGGGAGUUCGGUUUUGGCAAGAGCACCAUGGAAGCUCUGAUCAUGGACGAGCUUAAGGAGCUAUUGGACUGGAUGAAAUCCACGGAGGGUCAAGUCAUCUCAGACAUCAAGGACAAGAUGACCGUCGCUAUGGUCAAUUCGUUGUGGAUGAUCAUUUCGGGACACCGGUACAAACACGAUGACCCAAAAAUAUUGGCCUUGUCGGAACAAUUGGCAGAAGUCCUUGAAUUGGCCGCGAAAGGUGGUGGCAUAGUUCUGUUUUGGCCCUGGUUAGAAAAAUUGGGAUACAAAGGCUUCACCGCAUUCCGAAACUACACCGAUAGAAUGAGAAACCUGCUCACCCAGACGGUCCAGGAGCAUAAAGAAACAUGUGUAACGGAUUUUUCCAGGGACUUUAUAGACGUGUUUCUUAAAGAGAUCAACACCUGUGAGGACCCCAGUUCCGCCUUUUUCAAAGAUGUCGGAGGAAAGAGUUGA